AUGGGCCGACAUGUUUGUGGCAGCAAUCGCAGGGUCUAUGGACCACUCGGUCAACUCUCGGUCGCUGUCCCUCCUGUUCAAUAUGCACGCUUCACCCCUCUUCACUGCUGCAUCUUUGCUUUCGCAGCCUAUGUGUGCUGGGCACUGCUCUGUGCACGGAAGGCUUUUGGCUCGCUCAUGAAGCAGCCCCGGGUGACCAAGCAGGAGGCAACAAAGAACAAGCAGACGAAUCGCACCAUGUCGAGUAGCUCAUCUGAGAGCAGCUCGCCACAGCCGGAGGGGCCGCCACCACAGCAGCCACAGGCAGAUACCAAACAGCAGCAUCGGCAUUCCGAUCUGGCCAAGAACGUGGCUGAAGUGUUGACAAGGGCAUCGACUCUUCUGCCAGACAAUGACGAGCUGAAGAGCCUUGCUGAGAAGACUCGCCUGGUUGUCACCGUCGCUGGAGAACACAGCACAGGCAAGUCCACCAUCAUCAAUGCAGUUUUGGGCAAGGAGGAGUGCAUCACCAGCAACACCCAAGGCACAACACAAGAGGUCAAAGAAUUCCCCGGCGAUACAAUCUUGGUGGUUGACACUCCCGGGCUCGAUGCUCCAGACUUCAAGGAGCACGAGGAAAAGGCUCUCGAUGCUAUCCAUCGCUCGGACUUUGUGUUCCUCACCUUGCUGGCCAACAAGCCUACCAGCACGGCGGCGGACACCCUGCUCAAUGAGGUUAAGGCCAGCCAGGCUAGCCUUGUUGUCCUGGUGACCUAUUGGGAUGCACUCAAGACGGAAAGAAGCCAGAAGGAAUGCAAGAAGCAGGUACGCGAGUUCGUGGAUUCGAGGGGGUUUGCCGAUGCCAAAAUCUUUUACACCGACGCCGCAGCCGCAGAGCAAGCACGGUGCCGCAAGCAAACCUGCCGAGAUGAUGGGUUCAAUCGUUUGCAGGCUCUUCUUGUGCAGGAGUUGAGCGACAAAUCCUACCUUUUCCGAGUGCGACUCCUAUCGGCUGCUGAUCCUGUCCAGGCGGAAAUCUGCAAGGUGGAGACAGAGGUGGAAGACUUGGAUGGGCAAGCUUCGGCGUCAGCAGGAUGGUCUCGGAAUCUUGGCAUUUUCUCCGGUGCUUCGGGAGUGGGUGGCCUAGCGCUUUUGGCUGCUGAAGUGGUGGCAGCUCCAGUGGCUAUUGCUGCUGCAGUCGGCCUCGGUCUGUCGGCCGCCAAGUCUGCGAACGACAAGCGCCGAAGCGCAUUCGAAUCGGACAACAAGAAGCAGCGUCUGAAGCAGCUGAAACAGCUUGCAAAAGAGCUUAAAGAGCUGAUCGAGUCCCUUAGCUGUACAGUUCCUGCCUAG